GAGGGCGUUAGCGAAGCCAGGUUCGGUCGUGGGGGUGGGGAAGUGCAGGAGUGGCGCGCGGCGUACUACAUGUCCCGUGAGCCUCCGCGGCGGGACGGGGCGGGGCCGCGGGACGCCAGGAGGCGGAGGCGGAGUGGAGUUAGAUUAAAUGCCUUAAUGGAUAAAGAAAAAUUGGAUGGUAAGGUUGAAUAUGGUAACUAUGCAAUGGAUUCCUCAGUGGAAAACAUGUAUGUAAACAAAGUGUGGGUUCAAUGUGAGAAUGAAAAUUGUUUGAAAUGGAGAUUGUUAUCAAGUGAGGAUGCAGCCAAAGUUGAUCAUGAUGAACCAUGGUACUGCUUCAUGAACACUGAUUCAAGAUAUAAUAACUGCUCAAUUUCUGAAGAAGACUUCCCUGAAGAGUCUCAGCUUCAUCAUUGUGGAUUUAAGAUUGUCUAUUCACAGCUCCCUCUUGGAAGCCUGGUUUUGGUAAAAUUACAGAAUUGGCCAAGUUGGCCAGGAAUACUUUGCCCUGACCGUUUUAAAGGGAAAUAUGUAACUUAUGACCCGGAUGGAAAUGUUGAAGAGUAUCACAUUGAAUUCCUGGGCGAUCCCCAUUCAAGAUCAUGGAUAAAGGCAACAUUCGUUGGACAUUAUAGUAUCACAUUAAAGCCAGAAAAGUGUAAGAAUAAAAAGAAGUGGUAUAAAAGUGCACUACAAGAAGCAUGUCUACUCUAUGGAUAUUCUCAUGAGCAAAGACUGGAAAUGUGCUGCCUAUCAAAACAACAAGAUAAAUCCGAAACACGUGACAAAGUUGCUGCACUGGUCAAGAAAAGGAAGCAGACUUCUAAAAAUAAUAUUGAAAAGAAGAAGCCCAAAUUUAGAAAAAGGAAAAGGAAAGCAAUUUUAAAAUGCUGUUUUGAAAAUGUUUGUUCUGAUGAUGCCUUAUCAAAGGAGAACAUGGUUGUCUGUGAGACAGAAGUUUUACUAAAAGAGCUGGAGCAAAUGCUGCAGCAAGCACUGCAACCCACAGCCACACCUGAUGAGUCAGAAGAAGGACAUGGAGAGGAAAUAAAUAUGGGAGAAAAGUUAUCUAAAUGCAGCCCAGAAGCUCCUGCAGGCAGUCUGUUUGAAAACCACUAUGAAGAGGAUUAUCUUGUAAUUGAUGGGAUAAAAUUAAAAGCUGGAGAAUGUAUUGAGGAUAUAACUAAUAAAUUUAAAGAAAUAGAUGCUUUGAUGUCUGAGUUUUAGAACAUUAUACAUUUUUCAAGUUAAUUAUAAAAAUAUUGGCAUCUUUAUAUUUAUCCACAGUUAAAACUUUAAAAAUGUUUAGUGAAAUAGGUAUAAAUUAUACCAAAGUUUAUAUUUGCAGUAACUUUCUACUUCAUAUUUUGAGAAUGGCCAUGAUUUUUAGAGCCAGUCAAAUGGUAUUUAAGUUAGUGUUAAAAAUUUAGAAUUAAAAAACCCUGAUAUUUGUAUUUAUAUAUUUCUUGUUUGCCUUAAUUUUUAAAUGGUUUGUGAAAUUUGCCUAACAAACAUAUGCUUUACAAUGAUUGUUUAGGCCCUUUGUUCAAAAAUGGAUAACUUAGAAUGGCUGGCCAAGCUGUUAUAAUUCUCAGAGGUAAUUCAAAUCUAAUAAACUUAGAGAAUGUA